GCACUUGCUUCUUAGGCUUCCCAAGAGCUAUAUACAGUAUUUAGAAAUUAUAACACAGUAUAAUAGCCGAUCGAAUAUAAGAACACGACUUUAGAAGCUGCAUGAAGCUUUCCAGGUAUGGUAUGGUGCCUUAACUCUGAUUGGCUAUCUCUUUGCGGCACAGUCGCUGAAGAACUGUAUUUAGCCUCCGAGAGUCAUACCUUAGAAGCCUGCUGAAGGAUUGGGUGAGGCUUGUUCACUUCCUAGAUAUAAGCACCCUAAAGUCUAACACAACAUUGCUUCAUAUUCGGGAUGAGCGUUGGUGACCGGUCUGAAAUGCGCGAAUCCUUCCUUCUGCAACGAUUAUUCAGUUAGGCUUCGCCGUGGACUUAUUAGUCAUUAAAGCGUUGGUAGGUAGAAAAUCACUAACACUUAAACUAAGUGGAUUAGCGAACGCGAUCCUACGCAACGGCCUUUUUUACCAACAGAGUUGCAGCCUGUUGGAAUUCGAGCCUAAAACGACAUAUAACCGAUUUAUAAUCUUUCUUGGAAUUUACGGAAGCCAACUCUUUUUGCUUGUGGGACAAUGACAACACCAACCUCCCGAGCUUCGGAUGAUACACCCUGGCGUGACCACCGGUCAACUGAAUUAACAGCUGGUGUUCCACAACUAAAUUGCGAAUUAUGCAGAAGACGAAAGAUUAAAUGCGACAAGUCUAGUCCAUGUUCUAACUGUGUGAAGUCGGGGGUACAAUGCGUACCCAUUUAUCGCAAGCGGUUACCUCGUGGCCGCUAUGUUACUCCUCGGAUGCCGGCGGUAUCGAACGAUGGGGCCGAUGAGUUAAGGGACCGCAUCCGAAGAUUGGAAGCGUUAAUAUCGGAUAUGAAUGACCUGAGAGAUACACCAGCCAGCACAAGUUUAACCCCUCCAAGACCCGGUCCGAAGAUACGUAUUAGCCACGAGUCUACCACUGAUAUAGGCGAAGGGAAGCAGGUUGGGCGGCAAUUUUGGGCUCACAUCGCUGAGGAGAUAGAAGGCCUUCGCGAUAUUGUCGGUAACUCUUCCGAUGAUGAAGAGAGUAUAGGGUCAACCCCGAGGUCUGCUUCAGGUGCCGGCCUGAGGAUAUUAGGCAUCGGUUCUUCUGGUCCUGCAGCUAUUCAGGCAACCGAGAGUUUGUUUUCGAAUCACACGACUACUGCCCAAUUAUGCGAAGUUUUCCUACGACAAGUAGACCCUGUCUUUAAACUACUUCAUCGACCGUCGCUUAGCAGAUUCAUGUUAAAUGGUCAACGAUAUUUGACAUACGAGCCCGACCACAUAUGUUCGAGAUGUGUCCGAUCCGUCGUCUGUUACUCCGCUUUGGCGAGUAUGACAGAAAACCAAUGUCAGAACAUGUUCGGUAUAUGCAAGUCGGCAGCAAUAGUUGAAUAUAGAGCAGCAUGUGAAGCGGCGCUGGAACAAUCAGAACUGCUGACUACUAAUGAUAUCACCGUCCUACAAGCAUUCAUGUUAUAUCUUGUUGCGAGACGGACCGAAGACCCGAGUCGCGCUGUGUGGACUAUGGUGGCCCUUACCGUCCGAAUAGCAAGGGCCCUUUCGCUUCAUAUAGAUAAUCAUACCGAAUCCUUUUUCAAUCAACAAAUGCGGCGGCGGUUAUGGCAUACGAUAUGCGUUUUGGAUCUCCAGUCAUCAUUCGAACAAGCUAGCGAGCCUCUCAUAGGUCCCAAUGCAAUAUCUUCGAUCCUUCCUUUAAAUAUUAAUGAUUCCGAAUUCGACGUCGACACAUCCGAGGAGCUGCAAAAUAGAGCUGGGCUGACCGACAUGACUUAUGCCCUUGUCACGUAUUACGCGCAGCGAAGCGGUCGACUUUUAAAUUUCUACGAUAGAGAAGGCAAAGGCUUCAAUUGGGCAGAGCGAGAAGACCAAGUCUAUCGGUUCGAGCAAAGCGUCCUCAAUUUAUUGAAGUUUUGUGAUCCGGAGACGAGUGAUUAUGCGUGGUUUGCGUUUCAUGGAGCUCAAUCGCGUGUAGCGUCCAUGCGUCUCUCAGCUUUGAGACCCUUGCGUCGCGUCGGAAGCAAGCCGACACGGCGGGCUCAGCUUACAAAUCUAUUAAAUGUCGCUCUUGAGGUCUUGGAAAAAGUGAAUUUAAUCCGGACGGAUCCUAGAGGGGAAGGGUUUCGAUGGUAUAUCGUGGUGCAGUGGCAUGCACUUGCGAUCGCCAUCACCGAGUGCUUCGUCUGUGCCGAGGUCGGAAUACUCCGAGCUGCGUGGCCAGUGAUUGAAGAAUGCUAUGAAGACUACAAAGCACUCAUAGAAGACAAUCGCCAAGGAAUGCUCAAAAAGCCUCUUGAAAAACUGAUGGGACAGGCGAGGAAGAGAAUAAUACCAUUGCUUACUGGGCAGAACCUUUCCCAGAUGCCAUCGCAGCUUGGAACUAGUCCGUCGGUCGCAUAUAGCGCGACACCUUCGGGCUAUCCGUCACCUGUACCGAAUAGAUCCCUGGACGCCAUGGCGCCAUCGCAUGCAGGUUCUGCAGGUCUACCAACGACGCAACGACAACCUCAACAUUCUAUGGAUCUGGACUUUAAUUUUAAUGCGAUGGGCUCAUUCAUGCCUUUCGAUCAUACCGCUAGUCCAUCUUCGUUACCGCAGUGGUUUACGCCACAGGGAGCAUACGCGCAGGGUCGGGAUGCGAGCAGUAGCCCCGAGGGUAGUAGUGGCGCUGGAGAUGUGUCUUGGAGGACAUGGGAAGACUUUGUAUCUGGAUUGUCUUUUGAGGACUUCCCUCAUCAGCCCCCUACAUAAUCUGGUUUCUUGUCGGGUUUUCUGUUUUAGCUACGGAUGGGAUAUGGGAGAUAAUACCAGGAAUUGGGGACGGCUACUAGGCUAGGACGCAUAGGAUAUAAGACAGAUGUGUAUGACGAAGUGAUGAAUAGUGAAAUACUAAUUUUUCAUACAAAUUGUGCG